AUGCAAGCAACAUGCUCCCCAUCCGGCGCCCUCAAGUCCAUGACCGUCAUCACUACCACCAUCACCACGCGAGACCAUGUAGACAGCAGUGUAACGGCUGCAUCUGCAUCCAAGACCGGCACAAGCCAGUGCGACAAAGAUCUGCAUCAUCAUCCACAGACGAUUGAUUAUCUGCCUAUGAGAUUAUCAUGUUUCUCAGCCUGGAGUGCCGCGUAUCCACGUGUGCAACCCCACCUCAAGUAUGGCGCAGGGCGUAUCGUUGGACUUGCAUGCGAGACAUCGCUCGCCCAACUCCCCUUGGCUGUGGCCCGCACUACUGCCAAUUCCGCCAUGCUGGACCCGUCAAGCCUCAAUCAGGCCGAAGGCCUGUCCACCGGCCGACCGUCAUUGUCACUUUCGGCAUUGCCCGGGCUCCCAGGUUAUCUCCAACCAGUCCCGGGCCUCUUCACAAUACUUUGGCCAUUGCUGAUAGCUGAUGAGUGCCCAAGCAGACUGCUACAGUAA